AUGGAGCUUUUGCCCAGGUUCGCAGAGGGCAAGGAAGAAGGUGACUGCAGACUGCAGACACAAAGGAAAACAAAGGGUUUACCUUCACAAGCAAAUAUUGAGGAACCUUCAACUCUUUUGUCAUCUAAUAAGAAGAGUAAGCUCGAUAAUCAAAAUCCAAAGAGCAUCGAUCUUGGCGAAAAUUCAAAGAGCACCGAACUUGGCGAACUUUUGGAAAAUCUCCCCUCAGAUCCGGCACACCGGAAGCGUAUCUUAGAUUAUGAUCCAAAUAUUUGCGAUCAAGUUAGACGACAUUAUCUACUCAAGGGUCCUUGUCAACCUCGAAGCCAUAAGUUUCCUCAGCGAGAUAUCUACGGGACUAAGCGCAGGUUUAAUUCUUCUUGGUUCGAUGAUCAUAUUGAGUGGUUAGAGUAUAGCAUAGAGAAAGAUGCUUUAUUUUGCCUUUGUUGUUUUCUCUUUAAACCGGAACAUGGUGACCAAGGGGGUAGCGAUACGUUCACAGCUACAGGUUAUAAUAAUUGGAAAAAUAAACAAGGAGUCAAAGAUCAUGUCGGCACUGUGGGUAGUGUUCAUCAUCGUGCUCUGUUAAAUUGUCAGGCUUUAAUGAAUCAGAAACAACACCUCGAGUCACUUAUUAGUCGCCAAGUGGAAGUCUCAAAACAGAAUUAUUAUACUCUCUUGAAUGCUUCAAUUGAUUGUGUUCGUUUCUUGUUACGACAAGGUCUUGCUUUUCGUGGUCAUGAUGAAUCCGAAUUUUCAAAAAAUAAAGGAAACUUUCUUGAACUUUUGGAGUUUCUUGCUCAACAUAAUGAUAGUGUUAAGGCUGUCGCCUUUGAAAAUGCACCCAGAAAUCUUCAGUUGAAGUCACCUAGUAUACAAAAAGACAUUAUAAAUACAGCUGCUGUUGAAACUGUUAAUGCAAUUAUGUGUCAAGUGGGUGAUGCUCCCUUUUCUAUUUUGGUUGAUGAAGCCCGAGAUCAUUCGGUAAAAGAGCAAAUGGCGGUGGUUCUACGGUUUGUUGAUACUAAAGGUGAAGUAAUUGAAAGAUUUGUGGGCAUUGAACACGUUAAAAGUACUGAUGCAUAUUCUUUAAAACUUGCGAUUGAUGAGCUAUUUUCUAGAAAUGGGUUGAGCAUAUCAAAUCUUCGAGGCCAAGGCUAUGACGGGGCGAGUAAUAUGCGAGGCGAGUUUAAUGGUCUCAAGGCACUAAUUUUGAAAGAAAAUAGUUGUGCCUUUUAUGUUCAUUGUUUUGCCCAUCAACUUCAACUUGCACUUGUUGCUUUAGCUAAAAAUCAUGUCGGGGUUGCUUCUUUUUUUUUCAUGGUGACAAGAGUCCUCAACCUUGUUGGAGCAUCUUGUAAACGUCGUGAUCUUAUUCGGGAGCAAAGACAAAAUGAACUAAUAGAAGCUCUCUACAAUGAUGAGCUCCCAAGUGGAAGAGGACUAAACCAAGAAACCGCUCUCAAACGUCCAGGUGACACACGUUGGGGUUCCCAUUAUAAUACUUUGUUGAGCAUUAUCUCUAUGUUCUCAUCUAUUAUUAAAGUUAUUGAAAUGAUAAUCGAGGAUGGGAUUAGGUUGUGUGUGGAUGAUGGUUGA